CUGGCGAGGGACGGUUCGAUGUUAAUUCAACGUCAAACUGCGACCACUCUCCAAAUAUCCUCUUCUAUAAGUGACUUUGAUGAACUGGACGAGCUCCUAAGGAUUUGGUGGCCGCUUGUUCCUCUGCACAGCGCACAAAGCUGGAAGUGGACCGAAUUAAACUGACCUGGUGCUUUUUUGUCCAAAUACAUCUCAUCAGAGCCUGACAUUCACAACAUCCUCAAUAAGGAUACAAAGGUGUGAAUAUUAAUGCUGUCUCCUCUCACAGCUGGAUGUACACCCAUACUAGCUCAUGGACAGCAAGUUCUGACCUGACAUGUCAGUGUCUGUAUCAAGGACAGGAUGUCUAAAUGUGAGCUGAUCGAACUGCAGGACCUCAGUGUAAAUGAUCCCAUUGAACUGGCUGCUCCUGCAGCCCGCACUGUCCAGCCACCUGUGAACCCAGGUCUGCCCUGCACCUUCCAUGUCGUUCGUCUGGUUGGAGACAGUGUCAGCAUCGAGGCCCCUGGGUGUCAGACAGGAGAGGCUGCAGGUGGUCAUGACUUCCAGCCCUAUGGUUACACUCAUCUUACCUGGUGUGACCUGUGUGGAGAAUUCAUCUGGGGUCUUUAUAAGCAGAGUUUACGCUGCACCAACUGCAGUUACACUUGUCACUACCGCUGCCGACCAUUCAUCCAGCUGGACUGCAGCACAGAUGGAAGUUUGUUAACAGACCGGGCAGAUUUCUCUGACGACUCCAUCGAGACAGACACAAAUGUGGAUGAACAGAUCGAUUUGGGUAAACAGCAGUUAAGUGUCGCUGAGAUUCAACAGAAGGUUAAGGAGUAUAAUGCUCAGAUCAACAGCAAUCUCUACAUGAUGAAUAAAGACGGGUUCUACACUGGUUUUAUCAAGGUCCACUUCCGGUUAGUUCGACCGAUUUCCCUCCCUCCUCCUCAGAGCUUGUGCUCGACACAAGAGGAAGAUCAGCAGGGCAGACGGAUGAAACGGCGGACUUCUUUCUACCUCCCUAAAGAUACUGCAAAACACCUGCAUAUAAGCUCUCAAACACGGGUACGGGAAGUCAUCGAGGCGUUGCUCAACAAGUUCACUGUGGUGGACAACCCAGCCAAGUUUGCCCUGUUCGAACGCACUGAGAGACAAAGUCAAGUGUACAUGCGUAAACUGUCUGAUGAUCAAUGUCCACUCUACUUACGCUUGUGUGCUGGCCCCAGUGAAAAAGUCCUGAGUCUGGUUUUGAAAGAAAAUGAAACAGGGGAUGUCAAUUGGGAUGCAUUUAGCUUUCCUGAGUUGUGCAACUUUCUGCGAAUCCUGCAGCGUGAGGAGGAAGAGCAUGUCCGGCAGAUUGUGAAGCGCUAUGCUCUUGCUAAGGAAAAGAUGAAGCAUGCCAUGGCAAGGAUUACUACACCUGGUUGACCCUGAGUGAUGCAACUGAUUUUGUGAUUAAACAUGAUGAAGAAUCAUGGAUCAAUAAGACAAUUUCCAGCAGUGUAAAAGGGAAGGAAAGGGCUCAGACAAUGACAGUGUUUUUAAUAAAGAUUGUUUAAGAAGCAGGAAAACUGCUGUUACAUUUAAUGUAGCCACUUAAAAGCGCUGCCACUUCUUCUGUUAGUUUAGCCAGUUAUGAACUGAAUUGGCAAAAAAACAAAAACAAAAAAGAAACAUUAAAGAUUACUAUGAAUUUAAUUCAUUGCAGUUGUUUUUUGAAAGAUUAUGCUGCUUGCUUAGAUUAUCUAUAAAUGUAUAAAAAAGACACAUUUGUGUUUUUCUAGUAAUAUAUCUGGUGUAUGUUCGGGUCAUUUUAUGUGACAUUUAGUUUUGUUUAUAUUUUUUGAGA